UUCCCUUCGCCUUCCGUUGAAGCGCGUUCCUAAUUUCCACUUCCAAACGACGUCGAUUCCUCUCCUCUCUCUCUCUGAGAUUAGCCUUCGUAAGAAGGAAACAACACUUCAUCUUCCCAAUCAUCGCAUCGCACAUGGCGGCACCCUCGACGACGCCGCCGUCGCUUUUGUCGCCGACGCAGAGGUAUGCUGCCGGCGCAUUGUUCGGCCUGGCCCUGCACGAGGCUCAACUCAACCAAACCAAUCCGUUGCCGUUACCCGUUUCUGAGGAUUCUAUCUCCGAGGAGCGAACCAGUACUAGCUCCAGCAGCGACUCGGUUUCCGAGGACCCGGAUCUUUGGGUCAACAACAAUUCGGGUUUGCUCCGCCCCGUUUUUAAGUUUCUUGAAAUUGAUUCCGCUUCGUGGCUUGGGCUAGAGGAAACCGCUGGUUCUUCUUCAGCUCUGAAUCACGUGGGACCGUUCUUGAGAUUACUUUCACAAGAAUCGGACGGUGGUUCUUCUCAAACUUCAGAUCAAGAACUUGCUUUGUCAGUUGCAGUUAAUGGCAUCACACGUGAAAUGGAGAAAAAGUUGGAGUCUACUGAGUCUAAAAGGGAGAAGCUUCGCGAAUAUGAGCAUCAAUGUCGUGAGAAGUUCGCAAUUGAUGAGGUUCAGCCUCAUGGUGAAGAGGUAGAUGAUCAUUUGGAAGUUCAGGAGGUAAUGGAUAUUGCUCCUUUAGUUGACUCUAAAGAGCCAGAACAUGGGUCUGUUAAUUGGAAGAUUGAUGAGAGACCAAUUGAGGAAGUAAUGAUGCUGAGUGAUCAGAGGAAGGUGACAGUUCUAUAUGAACUUCUGUCUGGUUGUUUGUCAAAUUUAGGUGAAGAUAUAGGCCAGAGAAGGAAGGGCUAUGAUGCUCGACAUCGUGUGGCUCUGCGGUUGCUCGCAACAUGGCUUGAUGUCAAGUGGACAAAAAUGGAGGCCAUCGAGACCAUGGUUGCUUGUUCUGCGAUGGCUUUUAUUCAGGCACAAGAGUCAAAGAAAGAAGAAACUCAAUCAAAAGAAACUAAGUGGACUAAAUUAAAGCGGGGUGGUAUAAUUGGUGCUGCUGCAAUAACUGGUGGAGCUUUGUUGGCUAUUACUGGUGGGUUAGCUGCACCUGCCAUAGCUGCAGGUCUAGGUGCUUUGGCUCCAACGUUGGGUACUCUGAUCCCUGUAAUUGGAGCAAGUGGAUUUGCUGCAGCUGCUAGCGCUGCAGGAACUGUUGCUGGUUCUGUUGCUGUUGCUGCAUCAUUUGGAGCUGCAGGAGCAGGACUUACUGGAAGCAAAAUGGCUAGGAGAGUUGGGGGAGUUGAUGAGUUUGAAUUCAAGACUAUUGGAGAAAACCAUAACCAAGGCAGGCUAGGGGUUGAGAUCUUAGUAUCUGGAUUUGUCUUUGAGAAGGAAGAUUUUGUAAGGCCCUGGGAAGGUCAUAAUGACAACUUGGAGGGGUAUGCGCUGCAGUGGGAGUCCAAGAAUCUGAUUGCUGUGAGCACUGCAAUUCAAGACUGGCUUACUUCAAAACUUGCGAUGGAGCUGAUGAAACGAGGGGCUAUGAUGACUGUUUUGAGUUCACUCUUAACCGCUUUGGCUUGGCCAGCUGCAUUGCUUUCAGCAACCGAUUUUAUAGACAGUAAAUGGACAAUUGCUAUCGACAGAUCAAACAAAGCUGGUAAGCUGCUUGCUGACGUGUUGUUAAGAGGAUUGCAGGGAAAUAGACCCGUGACACUUAUAGGUUACUCACUAGGGGCGAGAGUUAUUUUCAAGUGCUUACAGUUUUUGGCUAAAACUGAAAACAGUGCUGAACUAGUAGAAAGAGUUAUACUUCUUGGAGCACCCAUUCCAAUCAUGGACGAGAACUGGGAAGCAGCUCGAAAGAUGGUAUCAGGAAGAUUUGUAAAUGCUUAUUCGAGGAAUGACUGGAUGCUUGGAGUGGCCUUCCGUGCCAGUCUACUUACGAAAGGAUUAGCUGGAAUCCAACCUGUCGAUAUUCCUGGGAUCCAAAAUGUCGAUGUGACAGAUCAGAUUGAAGGCCAUUCGUCUUAUCUGUGGGCUACCCCAAGGAUCUUAGACCAACUUCAAUUGGAAACAUACUAUCCUGUAUAUAACAGCAUUUCUUGCAUAUAGGGUGAAGUUUUCAUGACGGUGCUUUUCUUGCAUACACUUAAAUUUAAGUAUGACACUAUUCAGAAGUUAUGCAUCAAAUUUAUUAGCGAUACUAUAAGGAUGUACUACUUUUUUAGUUUCAAAUGUAAAAAAUUGUAUUUAUGUUGUUUUUUCUUAUAAAUAAAUUCGGUAUAUUUAUUAA